ACUUAUAUUCAGUGCGGAGUGCGCGACGUUGUCCAACACUAGACGAAAAAUGUCACGUCGGAGAAACAGAAAAGACACAAAAACUAAAUUAUAAAGCUCAAUACGCGCAAGUGUUUAAAUAGAUAAAAACUAAUAUAAAAAUAUGCAAUCGUACAUUUAGUAUGAUAUUUUAAUUAAUUUCGAAAAAAGUGUCAACAUAAAUUUUAUAGUUUUGGCAAAAGCGAAAGAGUUAAACAACGAAGACGACGACGUAGUUCGUGGUGCAUCUCUCCAGUGCACAAAAAAAAAACAAGAGCGAAAAGUGUGACAAAAGUACAAAAAAAAGAAACACAACGAAUAAGAAGCAGCACUUGCAAUACAAUAAAAACACACAAAGUAAAUACUGAGAAAGAGAAUCACACGCACGCACACAGUUAACCAACCAACCAGAGGAGGCAGGUGGCAGGCAGCUCAGUCAUCAAUUGUGUGCCACACAUACAAAAAAAAAAUAAGCAAAAGAAAAAAAAUAGAAUUCACUAAUAUAAAAAAAGAAGCAAUGAAUCGCACCGAUGGCUUGGUUAGGCGAGCUGUGAAGCCGCGCGAGAAUGGAGCCGAGGGCGGUGGCGCUGGUGGCGGUCUGAAUGCGAAUGAGGGGGAUGACAAUCAGGAUACGCACGACAGCAACAAGGAUCACGAGGAUAACAUCGAUGAUGGCGACUCGAAGGAGACGCGACUAACGCUCAUGGAGGAGGUGCUGCUGCUCGGUCUCAAGGAUAAGGAGGGUUACACAUCGUUCUGGAAUGAUUGCAUAUCAAGCGGCUUGCGCGGUUGCAUCCUUAUUGAGCUGGGCCUGCGCGGACGUGUGAUGAUCGAGAAAUCGGGCAUGCGACGACGUGGCUUGUGCACAAGAAAACUGAUAUUGAAAUCAGAUCAGCAGACUGGCGAUGUUCUAUUGGAUGAGGCACUGAAACACAUCAAGGAAACAGAUCCGCCAGAGACGGUGCAAAGUUGGAUCGAAUAUCUCAGUGGCGAGACAUGGAACCCAUUGAAAUUGCGUUACCAGCUGAAAAAUGUGCGAGAGCGUCUGGCCAAGAACCUCGUGGAGAAGGGUGUGCUCACAACGGAAAAGCAAAACUUUUUGCUCUUCGACAUGACGACACAUCCGCUCAGUGACAAUGUGGUCAAGUGUCGUUUGGUCAAGAAGAUUCAGGAUUCAGUACUUUCCAAGUGGGUGAACGAUCCGCAGCGCAUGGACAAGCGAAUGCUGGCGCUGAUAUUUUUGGCGCAUGCCAGUGACGUCAUCGAGAACGCAUUUGCGCCGCUCAACGACGAUGAUUAUGAGGUGGCCAUGAAGCGAGUACGCGAACUGCUCGAUCUCGACUUUGAAACGGAGGCGGCCAAGCCGAAUGCGAAUGAAAUACUUUGGGCUGUGUUUAUGGCGUUUACGAAAUAGGGCGAUCGCCCAACUCCACACCACUUCCCAAAUCUGGCUACCACAACAGUUAGCAGCACACACAACACACACACACACACUCACACGCAAUACACUCGCACACACACACACACACUCACAGCAAAUAAAAAACAUAGGCUGCUUGUUUUUAAACCGAAAGGCGCCGUUUGAGACGCGCCGCCCACUUAUCGGAUUUCCUUGAGUUCAUUUCAAAACGACAGUGCAACACUGGCGCAGGAUUUUGAGACAUAUAUAUAUAUAUAUUUAAACAUAUUUCAUUUCCUAUAUGCCGACCUAAUGUCAAAUCGUAAAUCAUUCGUUUUAUUGUAUUUCGCAAUUUAUUUAAAUAAACGAAAUGUUAGCUUA